CACGAAGAAGACUGAGAAAACAAGUUGUCGGAUGAACGCUAAGAAAGGUUUCUUUGUCAUUGGAUUACUGUACUGGAACCUGAUCAUGAGUGUUUCCGCUCUAUUUCUCCUUAGCAGCCUUUGCCUUGCCAUCACUGCUCAUGGGCAGCAGUGCUCCAAACCUGCCGGACGGCAGAACAUGCAUCUAAAGAAAGAGUACAUCCUUAAAGACACAUUUGAGGAUGGGUCCACUGUGGCCUUUGACUGUGAUGCUGGCUACACACCAGCAAGAGGUUCUGGAAGCAUCAACUGUUCUUCGGGGAUUUGGACUCCUGUUCUGCUGACUUGCGAGAGGAAGAACUGUGGAUCUCUUGAUGAAGUGACUAAUGGACAAGUUUCCUACCCUCAAGGAGUGCAGUUUGGGGAUAAAGCAUUGAUCACUUGUAACAUAGGUCAUAUAUUAGUUGGUAAAAGUGAAAUCACAUGUGGAAUCCAAGGAUGGAUGGACAGGUUGCCUACGUGUGAAGUUGUUAAAUGUCUUCAGCCAAGUGGUAUUGCAAAGGGUACGUUCAAGCCAGUAAAGGAAGAUUAUGCAUACAGAGAGGUUGUCGAGUAUUCCUGCAACAACGGUUAUGUACUCAAUGGAUCAACACAAAUAAUCUGUGAGAAAAAUGAGAAGUUCGAACCUUCUCCUCCAUCAUGCAUUUGGGUUGAGUGUAAGGAUCCUAUGAUUCCAAAUGCAGAACGUAUUGAUGGUUCUCCGCCUCCAUAUAGGCACAAGGCUUCUGUGAUAUAUAACUGCAAACAUGGGUAUAGAAUGAUCGGACAAGGUUCCCUCACCUGCAACAUAAGUAGCCAGUGGUUUCCUAGAAUUCCAGAAUGCAUCAGCAGUGGAAAUGUUGUUAUGGGAGGAUUACUGAGUGGAUUUGUAACCAUCACAGUCAUGUUGGUUCAAAAUUACUGGAUGUAAGCUCAUCAUCUCGAGUGGAGGUCUAUCUUCUGACUGAUCUGGAAUGUAACUACCCUUCAUGUGCUGUGCAAUCUUUGUCAUUUCUGGGGAACUUGAUUCAAAGUGGCAUCCUGGGACAGAAGUAGAUUAAGCUCUGUUCCUGUUUGAUUCAUUCUAGAUAUAAGCAGUUCAGCAUCAUGUUUGGUCUUUGGAGACUUUUGUAGUUAAAUUUACAAAUUGUCCUAAGCAUGUGCAAUUAAGAUGUUUGAAAUUUUAUAUAU